AUGGAUUGGCUUCAGCUGUUCUUUCUCCAUCCUGUAUCACUUUAUCAAGGGGCUGCUUUUCCUUUUGCGCUUCUGUUUAAUUAUCUCUGCGUUAUGGAUUCAUUUUCCACUCAUGCCAGGUACCUCUUCCUCCUGGGGGGAGGAGGCGCCCUGGCCGUGGCCGCCAUGGGUCCCUUCGCUGCCCUGGUGUUCAUCCCCGCUCUGUGCGCCGUGGUCCUGAUCCACUCGCUUGGCCCCCGGGACGUCCACAGGCCGACGUUCCUCUUUCAGAUGAGCUGGCAGACGCUGUGCCACCUGGGUCUGCACUAUACGGAGUAUUAUCUGCAAGAAGCACCUUCCACGAGGUUCUGCAUCACUCUUUCUUCCCUCAUGCUCUUGACCCAGAGGGUCACAUCCCUGUCUCUGGACCUUCGUGAGGGGAGAGUGGCGGUAGCGGCAGGAGGCAUCGGGAACAGGAGCUCUUUGUCUGAGCGUCUAUGGAAGGCUCUGCCCUAUUUCAGCUACUUGCUCUUUUUCCCUGCUCUCCUAGGAGGCCCCCUGUGUUCCUUCCAGAGAUUUCAGGCUCGUGUUCAAGGGCCCAGCAGUCUGCAUCCCAGACACCCUUUCUGGGCUCUAACCUGGAAGGGUCUGCAGAUCCUGGGACUGGAGUGUCUGCAGGUGGUGGUGAGGGGGGUGGUGAGCACAGGAGCAGGACUGACCGACUGCCGGCAGCUGCAGUGCGUCUAUGUCAUGUGGUCCACAGCCGUGCUCUUCAAACUCACCUAUUACUCCCACUGGCUCCUGGAUGACUCCCUCCUCCACGCAGCCGGCUUUGGAUCCGAGUUUGGGCAGAGCCCCGGUGCAGAGGGAUACAUUCCUGAUGGGGAUAUUUGGACCCUGGAAACAACCCACAGGAUCUCCCAGUUCACCCGAAAGUGGAACCAGAGCACAGCUCGGUGGCUCCGACGCCUCAUUUUCCAGCAGGGCAGGACCUGGCCCUUGUUGCAGACAUUCGUCUUUUCGGCCUGGUGGCACGGACUCCAUCCGGGACAGGUGUUUGGUUUCCUCUGCUGGGCUGUGAUGGUGGAAGCCGACUACCUGAUUCACACCUUUGCCAACGUGUUCAUCAGAUCCUGGCCGAUGCGGCUGCUCUAUAGAACUCUCACCUGGGCCCACACCCAGCUCAUAAUUGCUUACAUAAUGCUGGCCGUGGAGGCCCGGAGCCUCUCCUCUCUCUGGCUGCUGUGUAAUUCUUACAACAGUGUUUUUCCCACAGUGUACAGUAUUCUGCUGCUUUUAUUAGCGAAGAGAAAGUAUAAAUGUAACUGACAACUUUCCCCAACUUUCAUCUUAUACACCCAUGAAACAGACUUUAGAAAGUAACAGAUGGCGCCUUGAAGAGGCAUGUGUUUGCACCUUUCCGUGAUAAAAGUUUUCUUUUUGUUUGUUUUCUUUUUAAGUAUUGGAUGUGUAUACCUGAUAGCUUGGUAUAGAAAUUUGUGUAUCUACUUUAACAAGCUAUUAAUACUGAUACUGAAGAUCCAAAAAAGAAAACGAUAUGAUUUCUUCUGUUCAGGUUUACAGUUUAGGUGUGGAAGCAAAAUUUAGGUUUAAUGCGAUACAUGAAAACGAAAGGCACUGUGGACCGAAUGGCAAAUGGUAUAUGCAGAUGGUCUCCAACUUACAAUGGUUCAACUUCAUGACUUUUCAACUUUACGAUGGUGCAAAAGCUGUAGCAUUCAGUAGAAAUCAUCCUUCGAGUUUUGAGUUUUGAUCUUUCUCUGGCUCGCGAUUUGUGGUACGAUGCUCUCUCUCGCGAUGCUGGGCAGGGCAGCCGCAGCUCCCACUCGGUCCCAGGAUCACAAGGGCGAAC